GGUAGGGGGCGGGGGUGCCGGCAGGACCUAGGGAACGGGGUGCCCUGGCGGUGGUGCGGACGAGGGCCGGGACGUCCGGGCCCCUGCGCUGUCCAGUAAGGCGGUGUUGCGGGCGCAGCAAGGCGCGCCGGCUCGGGGCAUGUCGGAGAAGCUGCGCAGGUGCCGGAAGGAGCUGGCCGCGGCCAUCGACCGGGCCUGGGGCGGGGCGCGGGGCCGGCGGGCGGCCCGGCUCCUGGGGGGCGCGCCCUGGAGCCCGGCCUCGGGGUCCGCUUGGCCGGCGGCCCGCAGGGAGAACGAGCGCGCAGCGGGCCCAGAGAGGCGGCGCGGGAGAGCGGCGGCCGCGGACGGGUGGCGCCCCGACGGGCUCAGGAAACACACGGAGAAAGAGUUGAAGGUUGACUCAAAUAUACCACCCAGCAGUUUCAGCCAAGAGGCCGCAGAGGAUCUGCUCUGUAUGAUCGACCAUACGAGCAUCCGAACCAUUGAAGAAUUGGCUGGGAAACUAGAACCUGAAAAUGAGUUGAAGCAUGUGUGUGGUCGCUGCGGAGACUCACCCUUCAGGGAGGAAGCCUGGGCUCUGCUAGGGGACGAGAGCCCGCCGGAGGCCUUAGAUGCUGACCCGGGUGGCCUCGGACGGGCGUUCAGUGAUCACAGUAUCGUUGAGACUGUCCUGGACUUGGAAGAGGACUACAGUUUGAUGACCUCUUUUAAAUACCUGAUUGAGUCAGGACAGCUGACUGUAUAGCUUUGGGUCCUUACUGCAGGAAGUCGGCACACGGCACCUGUGGGAGCAGCCAGUUGUCAGGAGCCUUGUUCAGAGCUCCCAUUCAGAUCCCUUUCUGAGACGAGAGCUUUUUUAUUCUGUUGCUUUGAAAUGUUUCUUACUGUUGAUUUUUGUCACCUUGCUUGAUAUCUUGAAAGUGUUUUUUGGUUGAUGUUCAAUAUACCCAGUACCCAAAGCAGGUGCAGGUCAUGGGGCUCUGCUGUAUCUCUUCAUGUUCUUUCCGUGGGGCCCUGACAGUACCAGGUCCACGACCAGUGAGGGACUCCCAGGCCAGCCGAACGUGCAUGGAGGAAUGGGGGUCGGAUGGAUCUCAGCCCCGGCUCUCUACUGCCCUCACACUUUGUACACAGGGCUGCCUGCCACCUAUGUAGGCCCCAGGCUCUGUCACAUCCAGGCAGAUCCCGUCCACCCUCCAUCCCUGCCCUGCCUGCCCAAAGGCCUCUGCAGGGCCUCCCAUUGGGUCAGAGGGGCUGUUGGCAUCCCUGGGAAGCACAUUCUCACGUGGCCUCCUCUCACACUCCCUACAGGAGGCCUGGGCCCUUAGCAGAGGCAGGGAGUUAGCAAGGUCCUGCCCGUCCACCUUCCCCAGGCAGGCCUGGAGACCCUGGGGCUCUAGGCGGUGAUGGGGCAGGGACCUAACAGGUGCAGGAUGCCCAGGGUGGGGGAGCCAGGCCAGCACAGCAGCUAAAGCUUAGCAGGGAAGAAAUGAUGUCGGCAUUUGGGUGAAUCUCUAAACUUGUGAUGCUUUUCUAGGGAGUCUAAUAAGCUGGUGGGCAAGGUUGAUGCCUGCCAACCCCGGCUGAGUCUCAGGGAAGUACCUGCCUCCUGGGUUCAUAGGGGAGGCUAGGGAUGAGACCCAAAGCCAGGAGCUGGGGAGGAAGGUCUGAGGGCCGAGGAACACGUCAGGCCAUCUUCUGGGCUGGUGGCCUCAGCACAGGGCUGGGGGUUGCUCUGGAUACCCUGGUGGAGUCCAUACCUCCAUUCCUUGAUGGGGUGAGAUGGGCACCUGCCCCAUACCCUGAGAACUGCCCAUGGGCUGUGUCACAGGACAGGCCUCCCCGGGCUCAGCUACCACCACUGCCCUGCCUGGGGUGCCCAGCCAGACAGCACUGACUGGUGGUUCCACUUGGACCACUUGUCGCCUGUCCCCACAGCAGGCAUGCUGCACCUCUUUAAGGUCACAGCCUGUGGGGUUGGGGCCAGUCACUUCUCCCCGAGCAAGAAGGGCAGAAGCGAGUGAUGGGUGCUCGGAGUACGUGGCUGCCCGACUCGGGGGGACAGGCUGGAUGGACCGAAGCAGGCGACUGCUACUCAGACACCUGGGCUCAGGAGAGCACAUCCCAGCCAGAUGCAACUUGUGGACACCAUGGAGUUCGUCUUGGCAAGUCAGACAAUUGCUGAACUGUUUCCGUGGAAACACCAAACUAAUUCAGAUUUGCAGAAUCAAAAUGGAAACAAGACAGCUUCGAGAAUAAAUAGGAGCUGUGGAACCUGGUCGCAAAAGGCCAAUCGAAGCCACAGCACAAGCCAUGGUCUCAACUUGGAAUUAAAAUGAUAAAACUUUCAACUUAGAGUCAUGAAAGAUCUCCAGAUACAGACCCCCGUGGUCUGCAUGAGUCCUGCCAACUGCUCAACAGACACCUGCAGUCAGUUCGGAAAGGCCUGGGAGGCCUCCCCACCGUGGGGCAGAGCUCCGUCCAGCCGAGCCUUGCUCGCACAGGCCCAUGGGGCCGGUGGAGGGCGGAGCCCAAAGCUGCAGCCCCUCGGCCUGGCCAGCUGCUGGGAAUGGGAGCGCAGCUUCGUCUGGUGCCUGGCACCCUGCCAGAGGGGUCACGGGCAAACUGACUCUCUUCAGACAUUUGCGGGGUACACAGCCCUGAAUAAAGAAUAUAAAAGCCAAGUUAAGAACCACUGCUAUCCGUGACCGUCCACGCGAGGUCCAGCGUCAUCUACAGCACCGGCUUGGAAAAGGGCAAGUCCUGGAUGCCGGCUGUCCAUCCAGGAGGAUUUCUACUGUCCUAAGAGGAAAGGCCUGAGUAGGAUGUUCCCCUCCACGAUCUUCUUGCGAGAAGCUCAGGAACUUACAGAUGGACUGUGCCUCGUCUGCUUUCCUUACAUAAGCUGACCGCAGGUCAAUACAACGAACUUAAUGAAAAAAAAAAAAAACAUAUGCUUUACCUCUGUAUCUUUAGUAAAACGUUUAUUUGGUUUUUAUUACAAAAGAAAUACAUAUAUAUUGCAAAAAU